AUGCUAGUAGGGGUAUCCGGGACUUAUGGUAGUGGCUAUGAAGAGGUUGGGAAGUGUUUAGCGCGAAAUCAUGGUUUUGAAACGGUGAAACUGGCGUCAUUUGAGGACAACUGGACAUUAUUGAAGGAUUUUGCGACAGCUAAUUAUGCCCAGCGGUACGUGCUGAUUGGCAUGAGCGACGUAGAGAUGGUUAGAGGCCUAGAGCAGAUGCCCGGCUUUGUUCACCUGGCCGUUGACGCACCGUUAGACAGAAAGGUGAAACUCUGUGAUGGCGAUCACGUGACAUACAUAAAAGGAGCGCUGGCGCACGACAGUGCUGAGCAAUUGGAGGUUUGCCGGCGGGCAGACGUGCAGGUGUAUGUUGCUAGUUCACCGGAGGAGUUUUUGGGCCGCUUGGAGGCUGUUUUGGAGGAGAUUGUGCUGUGUCAGUUGGGCGGAGGUAAUGUAAUGAGUCCGAAAAGGCCAAGCUGGGACACUUACUUCAUGAAACUGGCGAAGCUGGCAGCUUCGCGAUCAAACUGUAUGAAGCGCAGGGUAGGGUGUGUAAUUGUGCGAGACUGCCGAGUUAUAGCUACUGGAUACAAUGGGACACCACGGAAUCUGACGAACUGUAACGCUGGUGGAUGUCCGCGCUGCAAUGGCGGUGAGAGUUCGUUGCAAAGCUGCCUGUGUCUCCAUGCGGAGGAGAAUGCUCUGCUAGAGGCGGGACGUGAUCGUGUAGGACAGAAUGCUAUUUUAUACUGUGAUACAUGUCCAUGUUUGACGUGCUCGGUGAAGAUCGUGCAAACCGGCGUGAGCGAAGUUGUGUAUUCCCAGUCAUACCGCAUGGACAAGGACAGCUUCGAUGUGCUCGAGCGGGGAGGUGUCAAAGUGCGCCAAUUCAGUUCAAUUGAGGAACAUAAAUAUGUUAUAUAG